AUGGUCCUAUGCAGGGCCUUGCAGGAAGAGAUCCUGGCUCCGGGGAGCCUCGGGACCUAGCUUCCCUGGAAGAAGGACGAGACUGCCUGGGGCGCGUGGUCCUCCCCCGCCCGAGGGCUGAGCAGGAAGGGGAAGUGUGGUCUGGCUGGGGCUCACUGCUCUGAGGUGGGCGGGAGGCCUGUGGGCGAGGAAAGUCUCCUACCAGCUGCGUCCGAGCCACCGCAGUCGGGCUCCCGCAGUCCCCUCAGCCGCACACAGAUGGACACCCUCGCAACCCAGGGCCCCACUACAAUGGACUGGUGGAGGGACAAUUUCUGGAUCAUUCUAGCUGUGGCCAUCAUCCUCGUCUCCUCAGGCCUGGGCCUCAUCCUGUAUUGUGCCUGUCGGCAGCUGCUCAGGCAGGGCAAGAAGUGGGAGAUUGCCACGCCCUGGGAAGACAAGCAAAGGGAUGAAGAGAAGAUGUACGAGAAUGUUCUUAACGAGCCGUCGGUUCAGUUACCCCCUCUGCCACCCAGGGGGUUGCUUUUUCCGGAACACACAUUCCCACAGGAGACCCCAAGUGAGCCACCAGCUACCUACUCGCGGGUCAACAAACUUAGAGACAAGAAGACCGUGUCCAUCCCGAGUUACAUUGAGCCCCUGGACGAUUACGAUGAUGUUGAAAUCCCCACACAUAUGCAAAAGCAGCGUUUCUGAGACCCCUGGCCUUUCUUUGCCGGCAAGUUGAAGAGGAUUCGCACAGCUUUUUCAACCCACUGAGAACAGAUGAAUCCCAACAGAGAGCUGGGUCCCAAGAGCCCAGGGUCAUGUCGUGGAGCUCUAGAGGGCAGAGCUUGUGGCUUAGAGCCAGAAGCACCAGCAUCCAGAGGAACAGGAGCCGAGCUCUGCUCUGGAGACUCCAAAAGCUCAGGCCUUGAACCUUGAACCUCCCUGGGAGGACCUCUGGAUCCGGUCGUGAGAAACACUCUUCCCCUCCUCUUCUCUUGUUUGCUCAAAGUGAUGCCAAAUCUGGGUGUUGGGCUGCUGAGCCUCCAGGCUCCCAUCCCCAGCGCGGCCCCAGGGGUCCCACCCCCCUCCUCACUCCCCACCCUCCUCCCCCUACUCCCCACCCCACACCCAGAGGGCUGUGGGCGGCUGUUCCAGCUGAUUGCUCGCAGCGUGUGCAAGUCGCUGCAUCACACCUUGCAGGUUCCUCAAGACCGAGCAGUGCAUUUUGUUCUUGGGAACCGUCCCCACUACACACCCCCCAACCCCCACAGCCUCUCCGUGACAUUAGCCGGAUGGACGCCAGAUUCAGGUUCUCCCUGAUUUUUUUUCCUGCGCCUCCUGGUGGCAUCGUGGCAAUCAACAAGGACAGAAACUGGUCACCCUCCGGGUCAAAGCACAUACACGCAGCAGGGCCAUGUGAGUUACAUGUCCUGGGGAGCUACAGGAAAGGAGGCUUCCCCCAGGAAAGUCAUGGGCAAGAGGCAAGAAAGGGACAAUUACGUGGCAGGUUCAAGAAGAGGGUUCCUUCCAUCACGUUCUGCACAAACAGCACUGAGAUCGCUGUGCCCGAGGGCGUCUGGGAGGCCGCACUGCACCGCGUGGAGGCUCUGGGAUCAGACGCGUGGAAGGGGCUGGGGUCCUGACAUGGAAGUGCCCCCAACCCCAAGGCCCAAGGCAGCCUGGAGGCUCUGGAACCUCGUCCAUUCCUCAGCAUUGAUCAGCUGAGCCCUCAGAUUGGCGGGUCCUAAGCAGACUGGAGACCUGAUUUCUAAGCAAUCCCCAGGACAUCCCACAGAGCAGGCUCUCAGGGAGAGCACCACGGAGCUCUGAAAGGCCGAGUGACCCUUGGACUGAGCUCCUCCUCCAGACCGGACACUGCAUGCUCAAGCUGUGUUCAAGCAUCCUCCUCUGCCACCAUGGGACCAGUGGGGACGGGGGCUUCCUCCAGCUUCUGUCUCUCUAGAUUCCCAGCAGACUUCCUUUGUGACCACCGCCUUCUUGUGGGCCAUAUGGUCCUCUCACUGUGGCCUGACGGACCCCUGGAGCCCCAGGAGCCAGAGAGGCCUCACUCCACAAGUUACAGGGAAACAAAACGAGUAAGCCACAGGACGGACGUGUUCCGCGUGCAUGCCUCCCUCUUCGGAACGGUCCGUAAAUUGGCCACAUCGAUGACGAAAGUUAGAAGCAAAUACCAGAGAGGAAUGACCUCCUCUUCGGUUUCUGGGAUGGCCCCAUCUCCUGUUCUCCUCCAGCCGGCCCACCCCCCGCCCCCAGGUUCUUCCACGUGCCUGCCUCAUCCCCCCUAAACCCCAGCGGGGGUCCACAGGCUCCAGCUGAGCCCACUCCUCAGUCCCAUCCCGGCUGCCCCCAGGACAUGCACAGGACCCCCCCCCAACAGGGGCCCUCAAGCUCCACAUACCCCAAAAGGAACACUGCCCUACCCCAAUCCCAGACUCCCUGUGCUCUGCUACCUUUUCAGUCCCUGGAGUCAGAAACCAGAACAGUGUGCGGGGUCCUCCUCCUUCCCCAUGUCCCUGCUCUGUGACCGCACCUCUGUGACCCGGCCCUGGUCAGGCAGCCUCUCCUGCCACUAACAUCUCACCCUCCACUCCCCUUUCUAUGCGACAGCUAGCGGCUUUCUCAAGAGGACAUCUGACCCCCUCCAGUCUCUUGCUUAAACCUCUUCUUCAUCCAUCACCCUCAGAAACCCCUGAACUUCUUAAUACAGGUUACAACACAUGUCAGGAUCCAGUCCCCGGGUCUCUCCUGCAAACUUCCCUUCCCCGCCCCCUUGCAACUUCCAUUCUGACAAAAUUUUUGCUCCAGUCACUUGAAAUGACCUAGUCUGGGGUCUCUCUCGCCCCUACGGCUAUGCACAGUAACCUCCCUCCCGUCUAGAACAUUCUUCCCCACCUUCUCAUCCCUCCUACGUCACCACCGCAAACCUGAACCUGGUGCCGUCUUCAAUGAACUCCUCCCAUAGCAUUAGCACCCGGGGAUGUCCUGUUUACCUGUCUUCCUCCCCCACUAAAGUGAUGGGAACAUGGGGACAGGGACGGUGUCUUUCCCCCCAGUGUUUUCUGUGGUAUUUGUGUUUUCUCCGUCCCUAGCACAGUGCCUGGGAACUUUGUGGAUAUUCAACAAACAUGGCGAAAGAAUGAUCAGUUGAAUGAAUGAAUGAACAAAGAUGGCCCGUGGGAAUACAUCCGUCUCUGCAUUACGAUUGCCUGCUUCCUUCUCCGUUCAUUUUCCUAAUCCGGGGCUCCUCUGGGGGUGGAGCUUGCCUGGCUCGUGGCCCAGUAUCUAGCACAAACUCUGGCACACAGUAGGCCCUUAAUAAACAUUUACUGGAUGUUGAACAUUCCUAGAAAAUCUACCAACCAGUUGGACAAAAGCAAAGAAGCAGUUUUUCCACAAGAAGGCACACUGUGGUUGAGAUUCUACCCUGGGUACCUGCAGUAAAGCCAUGUUUUUACCAGCUUGGUUAAAAAAAGAAAAGUUUUUCCCAAUUUGGAUGAUAACAUUAAAUAUAUCAAAAUCUUUCAAGGCCUUUUUGUCUGUUCUAGCCCCCUAGGACACCCCAUGUCAGCCACCAGCUACACACUCACAGAUAAAGGUACAACUAAGAAGACAGUUUCUACACCCAGCCUAUGUAAUCCAAAGGUGACUAUGAUGAUGUUGAAAUUCCUACAAAUAUUGAAGACCGUCAUUUGGAAACAAUUCCUGUUCUGUCAUCUGAACUCUUUUGAGAACUGG